AUGUCUCUGGCCAUUGUCAUAUGGAUGUCUGCCUUCAUUGACUCGUUAGAUUCCAAGACAAUCGUAGUUGUUCUAAAUAUAGAUGAAGAAUUGAAUAGUUUGCUUUCUGAUGACUAUAAUUUUGAGCUAUGUCUUCGUCUACUCUCAUUAAAAGAGCAGCUUGCUGUGCGAUCUAAGAAGUACGAUCAGAAGAAGGAACUUAUGAACAAACUUUUCACGAGGUGUGUUCUAAAUAUAUGUUUGGGCAAGGAAGGCAUUUUUGAUGAGAUUCUGUUUGAAUAUAAUGAGUUUGGGAAACCUAAGAUAGAGAACGUCGAGAUGGGACCUAGCUUUCAAUUCAAUGCAAGUAGCUCAAAUUCUACUUUGAGUAUAGUAAUCCAGUUCGAGUCAGAAACUCCAAUUGGUAUAGACUUAUCCCACUCAGAGCAGAAAAUUUCUCCAGAGACAUGUGUUGAGGACUUCAAAAACAUAUUUGACGUCAAUGAAUAUAAUUAUCUCUCUCAUAUUCAGAGCGUUGGGCAACGGUAUGCCGCAUUCAAUCAGUUUUGGACUUUAAAGGAAGCGUUUACAAAAUUACUAGGAUGCGGGUUGAAUGUGGAUUUGUCACUAUUUCGAUUCGACAUAAGUAGGGAGAAUGGUUCUUUAAGUAGACUUGACGAUACGAAGGUUCCAUUGAAUCCCUUUCUUGAAGCUGAAGAGGUGGUUUGGAAGUCAAACAUCCUAGUUGAUGCGAAAGGUUUGUACAAUAUUGACUUUCCCUUUAUUAAGAAUCUCAAAGAUGAGUAUUAUUGUAUUUCCUGUAACAGCUAUGGUAUUUUUAUUUCAGUAAUAUCACAGACCCCCAUUGAAGAUACAAGACUCAUUAAAUUUAACAUGAAGCAAGCAUUGCAUAACCAUUUAAAUAAUAUCUGA